ACCCAACUUGUCCAUCUCUAUCAUUGCGGCUUCGAGCUGCACGAGCGCCACUAUGAGUGUCGCCCGGUCAUCGGAGUGUGUUUUCUGUCUCUUCUCGCGGUCGUCUCGCCCUGCGUCGCUCGCCCGCCGUCAGUUUCACUCCUCUCCAAUCCACCAGAAACGAAAACCUCGAUUUCCCAGCGUCAGGGCCACCGCCAAUCAGAUAGACAUCAACACGGCCGCUGCGGAGUUUCCCAGUGCCCAGAAUUCCCCCGACCUGCAGAGAUAUCCUCCUGAGCAACACGCGGCGAUCGAAGCCGCGCGAAAACUCAUUGACCCCGAGAAACUACAAAGCCAAACGGGGAAUCGGACAGAUCCCUGGAAGAUCAAAUACUACGACGACCUCUCGAAGGUUGACCCGGUAGUUGACAAGCCAGUGCGACACCCUUGGACGAACCUGGACGACAGUUCUCGACUCAAGACGGAAGAUGAAUUCGAAGAAGACUUGGUCAAGCUCAUGCACGAGAUACCUGCUCCCAGACAUGAAAAUGACUUUGACACAAAGAUAUGGGAUCGAUUUGAUGAGAAUCUACGAUUGACGGUCGGAAAGGAAGAAGCAGAGAGGCGUCCCCCCACAGCCAUGGCUCCAGGCUUGCCCAAAAUAUCGCCACAACCCAAAAAGAAGCGGACGGACGACCGUCGCAGGGACGAAGACGCAGCCCCCAAGGAGCCACCCUCGCCUGCAGUGGUCCGACUAAUGCAGAUGACUGGAUAUAACAAAUCAGACCUGGCAAAUCUUCGAGUCAAGACAAUCUUUAGCAACUCUGUCAGCAACCAGACGAGGCUCGGGAAAGUUCACAAAACCUACUUCCUUACUGUGGCUGGAAAUCGAAACGGAUUGAUUGGCAUAGGAGAAGGUAAAGGAGAGGAAACUGCAGACGCCAUCAUGCAAAGCCAAUACCGUGCCAUUCGAAACAUGCAGCCUAUCAUGCGUUACGAAGACCGAACCACCUUCGGCGAUCUCAGCGCCAAAGUCAGUGCAACAGAGUUGGAGUUGUAUGCCAGACCACCCGGAUUCGGACUCCGCUGCCAGAAGUACAUCUGGGAAAUCUGCAAGUGCGCCGGUAUUCAUGAUCUCGCUGCUCGAGUGACCCGAUCGAGAAACCCGAUGAACACUAUCAAAGCGACAAUUCAUGCGUUGUUGGGCCAAAAGCAUCCGGAGGACAUCGCCAGAGCCCGGGGAAAGAAGUUGGUCGAUGUUCGAAAAGUGUACUAUGCCGGGCGGGUAUAG